UUAUAGUCUGGUUUCCUGUCAGAUCUUUGCAUUUUCCUUCUCUGCCCCUCCCAGCCUCUGACACACUUUUUCUUACUUUCUGUGCUGCACUUUGCGUGUUCCGACACCGAUGCACUGGCUUCCUGCAUUCCCAGCUCUCCCUAAACUCUUGGUGCUUUAGGGGCCAAGGGGUGUUUUGCUCCUUGUGUUUCAUUUACUUCUCACCAGCUGCAGAGCACAAAUGACCUCUCCAAGACUCCUGGGGAGACACUGACUGUUGCAUGGAGGCGACGUAGAGAGAGCUUCAGCCCGGGGCAGCCGCAGCAAGAAAACCCAGUCACUCAUGAGCACCCAAGGAGGAGAGCCAGAGAUGGAUGACUGCCUGGAGACACUGAAAGAUGAAGAGGAAGCUUUGUGGGAGAAUGUAGAAUGCAACCGGCACAUGCUGAGCCGCUACAUCAAUCCAGCCAAGCUGACCCCCUACUUACGGCAGUGCAAAGUCAUUGAUGAGCAAGAUGAGGAUGAAGUGCUUAACUCACUUAUGCUGCCCUCCAAAAUCAACCGAGCAGGCCGACUGCUCGACAUUCUCCACACCAAGGGCCAAAGGGGCUAUGUAGUUUUCCUGGAGAGCCUGGAGUUUUAUUAUCCUGAACUCUACAAACUGGUGACAGGGAAAGAACCUACACGGAGAUUUUCCACCAUUGUUGUGGAGGAGGGACAUGAAGGCCUUACCCACUUCCUAAUGAAUGAGAUCAUUAAGCUUCAGCAGCAAGUGAAGACAAAAGAUGUGCAGCGCUGUGAACUGUUGGCCAAGUCUCGCCAGUUGGAGGAUGAGCGAAAGCAGCUCAAACUGAACAAGAUAGAGCUGCUGACCUUCCAGGAGAGAUACAACAAGAUGAAGGAGGAGAGGAACAACUACAAUGAUGAGCUGGUCAAGGUGAAAGAUGAGAACUACAAUCUGGCCAUGAGGUAUGCCCAGCUGAGUGACGAGAAGAGCAUGGCUGUGAUAAGGAGCCGAGACCUCCAGUUAGAGAUUGACCAGCUGAAGCAUCGCUUGAACAAGGUGGAAGAGGAAUGCAAGCUGGAGAGGAACCAGUCUUUGAAGCUGAAAAAUGAUAUUGAAAACCGACCCAAAAAGGAACAGGUUUUGGAGCUGGAGCGGGAAAAUGAGAUGAUGAAGACUAAAAUCCAGGAGCUACAGUCCAUCAUUCAGGCUGACAAGCGGAGUCUGCCAGAUUCAGACAAGGCCAUUCUGGAUAUUCUGGAACACGACCGUAAGGAGGCACUGGAAGAUCGUCAUGAGUUGGUCAACAAGAUCUUUAAUCUCCAAGAAGAGAUUCGUCAUGUGGAAGACUUGAGAGACAAGUAUCUUGAAGAGAAAGAAGAUUUGGAGUUAAAGUGUUCAACACUAGGAAAAGACUGUGAGAUGUACAAGCACCGUAUGAACACUGUGAUGAUACAGCUAGAAGAGGUGGAAAAGGAACGAGACCAGGCAUUCCGCUCGCGUGAUGAGGCUCAGACACAGUAUUCCCAUUGUUUGAUUGAAAAAGAUAAAUACAGGAAGCAGAUUCGAGAGCUGGAGGAGAGAAAUGAUGAACUCCGAAUUGAGGUGGUUCGGAAAGAAGCUUGUAUUGUUAACCUGGAGUGCAAGCUCCGACGGCUCUCCAAGGAUAAUAACUUUCUCGACCAGAGUUUACCACGGAAUCUACCCAUCACCAUUAUCUCCCAGACCUUUGGGACUCCUAGCCCAAAAGCCAAUGGUCAGGAAGCAGAUGACUCCUCCACUUCUGAAGAGUCUCCAGAAGACAACAAAUUCUUCUUGCCUGAUCAAGCUCGACUCAAGAGAAGACUGAAUCUAAAGGGAAUCCAGAUAAAUCCAAGAGCUAAAUCCCCUGUCAGCAUGAACAAAACAUCAGAGUUUCAAGCAGUCAGAGCUCAGGAUGAAGAUGGGGCUGAUGCCAGCAAUGGCCGCACGGACACGAGUUCCUCUGUUUCCAUCAGUAACUCCAUCAGCAGCUGUGAAGUCAGCAAGAUUCAAACCCUGAGGAAUCGCAAUGACAGUAUCAUGUCUACGACUCCUGAGCCUCCGGGAAAUGAUUCAAUAGUCCGACGUGUCAAAGAGGACACCCCUCACUGCAGCCUGGUUGAAGAGGACAAUGACAGCUUUGGAUAUGAUGCUUUGGAGCUGGAUGAUGACAGUCAUGACAGGCAGUCACAUGGAGCUCCUUCAGUGCACUCUUCCUCCUCUUCUCAUCAGUCAGAAGGCCUGGAUGCCUACGAGCUUGAGCAUGUCAACUCCAUAUUUAGAAAGUUCUCUCUGGAAAGACCUUUUCGUCCCUCUGUCACAUCAGUUGGUCGCAUCAGAAACUCCUGCCAUACUGUCCAGCGUGUAACACUGAAUGGAGACAACCUCAACUCGGAAAUCACUCUGGUUGGGGGCAAUGAUAAAGGGAGCUUUAUUAGCUCUGUUAAGACAGGAUCACUUGCAGAGAAAGCAGGCCUUCGGGAGGGACACCAAAUCCUACUGUUGGAGGGCUGCAUUAAAGGGGAAAAUCAGAGUGUUCCCUUGGAUACUUGCACAAAGGAAGAAGUUCACUGGACAAUUCAGAGGUGCAGUGGUCCAGUAACACUCCAGUAUAAAUCAAAUCAUGAAGGUUACAGGAAGCUGCUGUCGGAGCUGGAAGAAGGGCUGAUCACAUCGGGGGACUCAUUUCAUAUCCGCUUGAACCUGAACAUCUCCAGCCAGCUGGACUGCUGUUCCCUGUCAGUGAAAUGUGAUGAGAUUGUUCAUAUUCUUGACACCAUGUACCAGGGGAGGUAUGAGUGGCUGUGUGCCAGAGUUGAUCUGUUCACCGACAGAGACCUGGAAAUGGGGACCAUUCCCAACUACAGCAGAGCCCAGCAGCUUCUUUUGGUGAAGCUGCAGCGGUUGAUGCACAGAGGGAGCAGAGAUGAGACAGAAAGCUCACAUAAUACCCUUUGGGCACUUCGGAAUACAUUGCAGCCAGAGGAGCCUGCACCACAGAGUGACCCAAAAACCAGCCCUCGCCUCUCCAGAGCAAGCUUUCUUCUGGGCCAAAUAUUACAGUUUGUCAGUAGGUCUGAAAACAAAUACAAGCGUAUGAAUAGCAAUGAGCGAGUCCGUAUCGUCACUGGCUGGCCCUCUGGUGUGGCACGGACCUCAUCUGAAGCAAAGAAGGUGUUGCCUGAGAAACUGGAAGAUUUGGAUUCUGAAAAUGAAAUCAAUAAGAGGCUCAGCCUGAUUCCUUAUAGCUUCGUGAGACCAAUCCACUGUGAGCGCAGGCGCCCUGUACUUUUCACCCCCACCAUGCUUGCUAAGACUUUGGUGCAGAAGCUUCUCAACUCCGGAGGUGCCCUGGAAUUCAACAUAUGCAAGCCAGAUAUUGUAACAAAGGAAGAGUUUUUAAGGAAACAAAGAACGGAGACUAUCAUCUUCAGCAGAGAAAAGAAUGCGAACAUGUAUGAAUGUAUCAUACCUGCCAAUAUUGAGGCUGUCACUGCCAAGAACAAGCAUUGUCUCCUGGAAGCCGGAAUAAGCUGCACAAAGGAUUUAAUCAAAGCCAAGAUAUAUCCUAUUGUUCUUUUCAUCAGAGUCUCAGAGAAAAACAUCAAGAGGUUCAGGAAACUAUUGCCAAAGCCAGAGACUGAAGAUGAGUUUUUACGUAUGUGCCGUCUUAAGGAGAAAGAACUGGAAGCUCUGCCGUGUCUUUAUGCCUCUGUAGAGGCUGAUGCAUGGAGCAGUAUUGAAGAUCUCAUCCGAACAAUAAAAGACAGGAUCGGAGAAGAGCAGCGUAAAACCAUUUGGAUAGAUGAAGAUCAGCUAUAAAAGCCAAUAAGUCAAAUAGGAGCUUAUUGGUGACAAAAGGACAUAUCCAGGUGGAGCAGGGGCUCACAGAAUUCUGUGUUUAGGUGCCUAGUGCUCACUCCUGUUUCAUGCCUGCUGGCUGGGGACUUCCUGCUGGUGGAAUACAUCUAUGGAAUAGAACAGGGGCUGUGCUGAAUAGCUGAUGUCUUAGAUGCUGGGGAUAUAGGAUGUGGGUCAAACCACAGCCUCACCACAGCUUCUGACUCACCAGCCUUUCUUAAGGAACAGCAGUUGUUUAACAUGUGAGAAGGACAAAGAUCUUGAGAGGGAGCUCGGGGUAAUUUAUUAUGUUAAAACUAUGGAUCUCAUUUGGCUCAUUGAAAACUUCUGAUGAGAUCAGAUAAGUGGAAUCUAAGAGGAAAAAAAUGAAACGUGGGGAUUGGACUAAAGGAUACGGAAUUGAGAUGUGCCACACACACACCCUGAGGUGAGAUUCUGAACAUACCCGAUCAAGGAAGCUGAAGGCUGGUUGGUACCAACAGCAACACUACCACUGGUGGCCACAGCAGCUCUGUAGCCCUGUGUCUCCAUAACCACUUUAAUCAGAGAAGAAUAAAAUACCUAUUAUUCCUGGCAUUAAUUAAAAUGACAGUUCUCCCUCCCUUUUUAAACCCUGAUUUUAUUUAACAGUUUUGCAGGUUUCCUUUGCAGUUCUGGCACUUACAGGAAAAUAGACUCCACUGUCCCAGUGGCACAUCACAUCUUCCCACAUCUGCCAAUGUUUCUUUUCAUUGAUUCCUGCCUCUGCAUUGUACUCAUUUGUACAUCUCUCAUUUUUAAACAUCUUUUUACUUGGGGAAAAUACCACAGUGCCUUCUUGAGACAACAGGUUUCCCUGUUUCACCACUGAAAUCUAUAUAUCUCUACAACAUCAUCUCCUGCCAACAUGCCUGCUCACAACAGGAGGGACUGUUCUGAGAAGAAGCAGAGGAGAAUUUCAUAAGCCAGUAAUUGCUGUGAGCCACUCAGUCCUUGACCUUUCUGCCAUGAUUGACAGCAAGGAGACCAGCAAGCAUCGCACUGUGCUGUGGCCAAGUAGGAUAAUAUUUUCAAAAGUGUGGAUGUGACUUAGAAGACCGCAUUCCAUUUUCAAAAGCACUUAACUCCUCAGAGAGUUGAAGUUCCACUGAUAAUGAGCGGGACUUAGACUCCUAAAUCUCUUCAGUCUUUCAAAUUUUUCCCUCUGUGCAUUAGACACUGUAUUGAGACUGCCAAAUUGAUUCAAUAAAACUGACCAGAUAAUGAUGUGCACGAUUGCUGAUCUGAAAUGCAAUAAAAAUUGACCUACAGAUGAA